AUGCUGGGGACGCCACUCCUAGACGAGGACAAGGCCAGGGAUGUGUGGGAGAGUCAGAAGCGGCACGUGGGAUGCAUACAGGACCCGCCCAACGUCUCACUGUACACCCAGACAGGGACCCUGAGGAAGGGCACCAAGACCCUGCCCACGUACCGCUGUGCCAGAGGUUCCACCUCCCUGGAAUCCUUCCACCUGCACCUGAACAGGUUCAUUCCCGGUACCAGUGCUAGCGACGUUAACUAUCAGGCGUUUCUCCUGGAGGGACUCUACAGGUGGAACCAGGACAGGGCUUCUCAGGCCGUGGAAGUGGAGGCUCCGCUGUGUCACACGUACAGCGGACUUCUACGCCACGCUGUCAACCACUUGGCACAGACUGUCUUGGGGAACCCUUUAGACCCCGCGUUCCAUCAGCCCAGGGCCUACACGGGGGAGCUGAUCGGAGUUGAGUACUUGUACUCCCAGACAGGCAAGUCACUUCAGGUCGUUCCCGAGGAAGUGCGAGAGGAGGACCCCACACCCGAGGAGGAGGACCAGGACCACGAUGAGGGAUUUGAGGAGGAAGAGGCAGAGGACGACCCCACCCUUCCCGAUGUCGACGUCCAGGGUGUAGCUGUGAGGCCGACCGGGAAGCCCUUGGCCAGUGCCGACCGACCACCAUCCAGCACUGCAAGGCCCCCAUCCAGCCCUAGGGUUGUCAGGCAACGCAGUGCUGUCAGGUCACCGGCCCGUGCCGAAGGGUCUACCGAGAGGCCGACACCCGCUGUCACCCUGGAGACCCCGCCGCCCACCCAGGAUCCACCAGCCCAGGAACCACCGACCCAGGACCCACCAGCCCAGGAAGACGAGACAGAAGAGGAACAGAUGCCGGAUCCCACGUCUGGUAUGCGGCAGGUGCACGACCUGGCUGACUUUUUGUUGCAGCUCAGGGAGUGCAGGACCUUGACCCGGACCCAGCAGGAUCAGCUGAUCUCCUUGUGGGAGAAGCUGGAGCCCCGGGACCAGAGGCCAGCUGUUUUCCAGGCCAGACCCAAGUCUUCUCCACCCAAAGGAAGGUUUAUGUCUUCAAAGACGGCCAGAUCACCCCCCAAAGCCGGUGUUGAGAAGACUAAGCGGUCCUUCGUGGGAACAGGAAGUGGGCCAGCCAGCUAUCCAGAUACCAACCGGUACAUGGAGAUGCUGGUGAGGAGGCUGAUGGAGGUUCACACCGGCCCAGUCAAGCGAGCCAACCAACAGACCCUGUCCAGAUGGAGCCUCAUCCUGACUUCCUACAACAGGAUCAGGGAGGUGGUGACGGAGGACCCCAGAGUGUCAGCGUUGACCAGCAUUCAACUGCUGCCCCUCAACCAGACAACUCUGAUACUCUGGGACAACAGAAGACAGAAGAAGAAGGAGGAACGGGUGCUGUCACAGGGAAUUGAGAUCUCUGAUCCCCCUAUGACAGCCCCUCAGCCCCUCCCCGCCGCCUUGACGAAGCCCGCCACCCUUGUGACCUCCAGUGCCCCGGCCCACAGAUACCGUCUCCCACCCAACACAGCCGGCCAGUCCCGCGUCCGGAUCAGGUCCCCGCCCAGGAUGAACUCGCCCCCUAGGAUUGCAUCCCCUCCCAGGAUCUUGGCCCAGCCCAUUCAGCCACCUGCCCCAGUCCCGAUACGAUAUUUGAUCGCCGUUCCCCCCGAGGUGCCAGGGACUCAGCCCUCCUACCAGCAGCCUGAGUUCCCACCCCAGAAGUUGCCAAAGCGCGUGCCCGGUUCCACGGCCUGUUACAGACGCAAGGUCGACAAGAAGGAGGAGAUGGGAGAGUACGUUAACAAGUAUGCCCCAUGCCGUGGACCGAACAGGUGCAGUAAGUGUAAGGAACCAAAGACUGCACCUAGGCACCGCCAGUACUUUGGUAACUGGUACUGCCAGGCCACCUCGGAGGAGAGCUACGAGGACUGGUUACAGAGGAUGCAGCUUGUGGGAUACACCAGCCGUAAGAGAAGGAAACCUCCACCAGAUGCCCCACCAGACGACCAGGAACCCCCGCCAGAGGACCAGGAUCCACCUUGAACCGAUAACAAAAUGUGAAAAAACCAAAAAAAAAUUAAAAAACUUAAAAAAACAAAAAAAAAAUUAAAAAAACUGAAAAAUACCAAAAAAAAACU